AAAAAGACGUUGAGUCAGACUGCAUGCACCGCUUCGUGGACUGUGCCAACAACAGCUGCUACCAUGCCACCGCAACACCACUCGAGCCGUUCUUCAUUGCUCUUUGUUAUUGACAGGACCCAACAGCCUCAACCAUGGCAUGACGAUUCAUUCGAUCUUGGCUACCAUCACAGAGUAGCCAGUAUCAUCAUCGCGUCCUGGAUUGAUAGCUAUUAGCUAGCUAGCCAGUGAAUCUGAAUCACCCAACCGGCUUUGCUUCUUGGGAGCUAUUUUAAAGGAUACCCCUGGGUAUCUUGUUCCGAUUGGAGAGCUCACAAACUUUACCAACUCUCUCCUCACAAACCACGAAACAAACGAACAAUCAAGAUGAUUUCCCUACGAAAAGCAAGCGCCAUGAUUCUCUGCUGGACAUUGACAGUCGCUGUCAAUGGCUUGAUCACAGCGUCUUCCAUCUCCUGGCGUCCCGUCUUUGGACUGACUGUCGCCAGAACCACACCGCAACCAACCACUACUGUUACUACUGUGCCACGUGGGGGCAGUAGUAGCUGCCAAACAUCUUCCAAGGUUCAACAAGCGGAAGAAACACUGGAUCGAGUGUUGGAAGAUGCCAAAGACCAAGACAAAAAGUUUCAUGUGCAAGGAUGGCGAUGGCAUACCAUGUCGGUGCUACGAGACGCGGAACGACUGCAAGCAUUGGCUCUCCGGACUACAGGCGACGAUUUAUCGCAACUGCAAAAAGCGGCGGAUUACGUGGUGGAUUUCAAUCUGAAAGCACUGCAUCGCGUCGAAAACAUGUUCUUUCCGUGGAUGCGACAACACAUGCAGGAAUCCAAAACGGCACAACCAGAAACCAAACAAGCGUUUAAUGCCAUUGUGGAAAACCUGGAAGCAGACCAAAAGAGACUGGCAGAAUUGGGAAAGAGUAUUACACAAACAUUCUCCAACAGACCAAACCCCAGCGUCGCUAGUGCUGUGGCAACGCAAUCGGAAGAAUUGGCCAACCUUGCUCGAUCCAUGCUGGAACGCGAACUGGACUAUGUCAUUCCCACUGUCGGGCUCUGUGUUCCCGAAAAUGAUCAACAGAAAUUCAACAAUCAAGUCAUCAAAUUCCUCGGUGUCUUGGAAGCAAGAGUUCAUUUGGUGCACAUGCACGAAGUUGUCACGGAAUCCAAAAGUGAUCUAGAGGAACAACUGUGGAAAGAAAGCAUUCCCUCCUUGCCACGCAGCUUGAUCCCACGAUGGAAGAGAACACUCUACGAACCCAUGGCUGGCAUGUUGGAGUUGCAAUAAACGAAUACAGCAACAACAAAUGGUAGGUGCCAAAUUGAUUGAUUGGGUUGCCUCGUUUGUUCGUUCGUUGCGGUUAGUUGUUGGACUUGUUGUUGUGUGGUUGCUUGGUUUGCCUUUUUUUGUUUGCAAGAGCCCGACCUGCGCGUGUACCUUUCACAGUUGGUACGCAUGUUAGCAGUUGUCACCUGCCACUCGCGCUGACGGUGCCUUGAGCACCGAUUUCACCCCUGAGGUAAAAGCGAUAGCGAACGGCUCAAGAUUACCGUACGGGCGUUGAGAGCUGUCGGGUUCGUCCUGACGCUCUCCGUCUUUUUUCGUCAGAUCUACAUUCCCACUCCUUGGCGAGCGCCUUGGUGCCUUUACGCAACUGGGAGAUAACCGUAGAUCGUACACUUCAUUUCGUUCAUUCAUGGCAUUGGAUGUCGAUGUCUCAAAUUCUCACUCACAUUUGUUUGUGUGGCCUUGCUUCUCGACAGGAAAUUACUUACAUUUGGAAGUGAAUUCAAGUAUUGGGCGCUCUCGACCGAGGAACGAGCUACAUACAAUUAGUGAUUGCAAGAGCAAAUCGGGUGUUUGAAUACUGUACAUUGGUGCAAAAGCUAGCUAAAUUUGACACGCGAGGAUAAAGAUAAAGGACUAAUAGAUACGAGCACUUUUAACAC